GGUGUGAAGGCGAAAAAAAUUGUGUUUUCAUUGAUCGAAUCGAAUCGAAUCGAAUCAAAGUGAUGAAUUCUAGGUGUUUCUUAUUGAAAUGCCGGUUUUUUAUUCUUCUCCCCUCUUUACGUCGUUUUCUCUCUCUAGAAUCCUGCCAUUUUCUGCUUUAUUUGGUUUAAUUUUGUGAAGAAUUUUGAUAUGAUUGGGUAUUCUAAAUGGAGCAGCGUGUGGGGAAUAAGUUUCGUUUGGGGCGAAAAAUUGGGAAUGGCUCAUUCGGAGAGAUUCACUUAGGCACUAAUAUUCAGACGAAUGAGGAUGUUGCAAUCAAACUCGAAAGUGUGAGGACAAGACAUCCCCAAUUGCUUUAUGAGUCAAAGUUGUACAAAUUACUUCAAGGAGGAAGUAAUAUCCUCUUUUGUUGUUUCAGUUGCUUGAUGUUUAUUUCCUUUUAUACAUGGUUAUUAUAUAUCAUUAUCCUCAUUCUUGGCAGUUGGGCAUUUUUUUUUAUUUUGACAGCCGGAAUCCCAAAUAUUAAAUGGUUUGGGGUUGAAGGUGACUAUAAUGUUCUCGUGAUGGACUUACUGGGGUCGAGUCUUGAGGACUUGUUUACCUUUUGUAGUAGGAAGUUGUCGUUAAAGACUGUUCUCAUGCUUGCUGAUCAGAUGCUUAAUCGACUUGAGUUUGUUCACUCUAAGUCUUUUCUGCAUCGAGAUCUGAAGCCUGACAACUUUCUCAUGGGCUUGGGAAGGCGUGCAAAUCAGGUUUAUGCCAUUGACUUUGGGCUUGCCAAGAAAUAUAGAGAUUCUAACCAUCAGCAUAUUCCAUAUAGAGAAAACAAGAAUUUGACGGGGACAGCCAGAUUCGCAAGCAUAAAUACACAUCUUGGCAUCGAACAAAGCCGGAGGGAUGACCUAGAAUCACUCGGUUACGUUGUCAUGUACUUCUUAAGAGGAAGCCUUCCCUGGCAGGGACUGCAAGCUGGAAACAAGAAACAAAAGUAUGAUAGAAUUAGUGAGAAAAAAGUUCAAACAUCAAUAGAGUCUUUAUGCCGUGGCUAUCCAACCGAAUUUGCCUCUUAUUUCCAUUAUUGCCGCUCACUAAGAUUUGAAGACAAACCUGAUUAUAGUUAUUUAAAAAGACUUUUCCGUGACCUUUUUAUUCGUGAAGGUUUUCAAUUUGACUACGUAUUUGAUUGGACUAUUUUGAAGUAUCAGCAGUCACAGCUUGCUAAUCCUCCAUCUCGUACCCUAGGUGCUGCUGGAACAAGUUCAAUGGUGCUACAUGGUAACUACGACCGAGACUCAGGUUUGGAUGAAGGCAAGCCGCCUCUUCGUGGGAGAAAUGUUAUAAAUUCUGCAAAUUUGAAUUUGUCUAAAAUGAAAGAUCCAGUUGCAAGUGAUAAUGCUGUACCAAAGGAGAAAGUCAGAACAUCAAAGCAACCUGCAGUUUCUAGUAAUCGGGAUCCAGAGAAUUCUCAGAAUAAUGGUGAUCCUUCACGCACAGUCAAUGGAGAUAGUGCUGCACAAAAAAGUCCGCCUGCAACGUCACACAACCCCUCCAACACAAACCCUAGCAACUACGCCCUCAAGGGAAUGGAGAGAAUGAAUAUUGGCAAUGACUAGAUAAUGAAUGCAGUGUUAUCAGGACGUGUAGUUACAGUUUUUCCCUUUGUAUACAUAUACGAUACCUAUUUAACACGGAGGGGAGUCUGUUGUUUCUCCCUCAAGGAAAGCUGCUCACGGAAUCCUAACCAGUAAAUGGUGCUUGCAGAUAACGAGAUACUAUAAGGUAGCUUCCAAGGCGAAGCGAGAGUUUUGAGGCGACGAGAGUGAGGUUGGUCAUGGUAAACAAGUUCGAGGCCGGGGUGAAAUACCACCUCAGGUAGGCAGAUUCAUUACCUGUCUAAUGUUGUAAUACUAGCAACUCUUUUGAUUUGCCAUUUUCAUGGCAUGUAGUUAUAAAGUUUUUGAAGAAAAAAUGCAUACAGUUUUUUAUGGUAUGUAUUAUGUUAUGGAAACUUGAGAAAUAGAAUGCACACUGUGUUAUUUGAUUGCA